AUGCCGCCGCUACCGGGCGAGGAGCGUCUUUUGACAGUUUUUGCAGACAUUCAUUACUAUUUCGCGGCGCCAACUCGAAAGCCUCUCCAUCACCGUUUUGAUAAAGGUUCCUACUUGUAUAUCUACCAGGAUGCCUCUCAAAACAAAGCGCGAGUCGAGAUUGCCAAUAAUCCAGGAACACCGGAGCAAGAUGCAUUCCAUGGCGAUUUGCACAGUGUACAUAUCCAACACUCUACUCAAUUCCCGACCUUAUGCACCUUAACUGUUGAUGGAGUUAGUAACGCCCCUCAACUACAGCAUACAUCUCAGUACGAAUGGCGUCUGCCAAGCGGAGACCCUCGCAAUGAACGCCAUAGCCUGCUGCGUCUUCAUACCUUGGAUAUUUAUUUCUGGACAUUGGACGAUGCAAAUCAGUUCUUAGAUGCAGUCAGCUACGUACUCGAAGCUUCGCAGGUCGAGACGAAUCGCGCCAACACUAUUCCACAAUCAGACCAGCCGAUGAGUUCGGUGGUACAGCAACUGGAGAACGUAGCCGUCUCAGAUCCGGCAUAUCAGAACGGACAGACUCGCAACUCUCGAUCUGAUUUUGUGCCUGUUUCAGCACCGGCUUCGCAGUGUACCCCGCACGGCCCACCGGCCGAACAACAGGCAAAUAUUGGCCUGACUCUCGAGGCAAGGAAAGAGCCAGAGAAUUCUGCACCUCUGCCCUACAAUCCGGCCGCCCCAGCAGCACCAGAGCCGAUCAAGCAUCGCGAGAAGACUCCACCACCAGAAGACGGGACCGAGGGCACCGGUCUAAUGGCAGCCGUCGCUGCAGACCAUGGCAUCCCCUAUACACCCCCACAGCAAGUCGGAGAAGUACCAUCAUUUGGAUCCCCACCAAGCUCAACGCCCGGAUUACCAUACCCGAGUGCAUCAACCAUGGCUCCAACAGGCUAUGCAUCUCCUCCACCAAGCGCUGGCCUCCCAAGAUCAGCCACAUUCCCCCUCCAACAAACUCUCCCAAGCCCCGGUCUCCCAUCUUACAGUCAAGCCUAUCAAAGUGGACAAGCAUGGCCCGGCUCGCCGGGCGCAAUGUCUUUUGGUCCGCCGUCCCAAGAUCCAAAUGCUCAUCUGUAUGCACAGCAGGCAUACGGAUCUCCGCAGUCACCUCCUCAGCAAGUCCCGAUUGGCGGGUACUCGAACUACUCGUAUAAUCAUUCCGCAGCAAGUCACACACCUAGUGUCUCUGAAUAUGAUAUCCAUAGUCAGGUAUACAGACCUACUGAGGCCGAAGCAGGCUCACAUGGCCAAAAAUAUGCGGCACGGGCUAUGAAAGCGCCGGGGCAGCGGCCGAGGAAAUUGGAGGAUAACGCGGCAAAGUUGGAAAGUGGAGUGAAUAGAUUUUUGAAGAAGCUGGAGAAAAAACUGUAA